AAAUUUCAGUUAGUCUUCAAGUGCCGAGUCGAAAUGUUGUUAACCAAACGCAAUUGCCUAAUCGCAAGUGGCCCGAUUGCCUUAGGCUUUGCCCUAGGCACAUUUGGCAUAGAUGGAAGUUAUUCUUAUCGUGACUAUGCCGUUUUUCUGAACAUGUUGCGUGGCCUGCAGGUGAUGUCAACUGCUUCUCUGCUCUUUGGCCUGCUGAAGAAGGAGCCGCUGCAUAAGGAUAAAUUCGUGCUCUUCUGGUUGCUUACCACAAGCUUCCUGUUUGGCUUUCUCAGCUAUUUCACUAUAUUAUAUAUAGGUCAGGAUUUAUUCAAUUUUUAUGACUUUUGGGAUUUUUUGCUGCAGUUACUUGGGCUAUUCGGCAUUAUGGGUGCAACAGCACUUCUUGGAUAUAUGCUGCAUUUCGUCUAUGGGACAUAUGUGGAAUUCAGGAAGGACAACCUGCCUACAGCUGUAGCUCCUCUUCAGGCCACAACUCCAGUUAUGGAGACCAAGGAUGUGUUGCCUUCAUACGAUCAAUUAAAUGUAACCAUACAGAAUUAAUACGACAUUAAGUUGAUUUUCAACUAGAGUCGCAAUAAAGUUGAUAAAGGAAUCGAGAGACAGACAGAGAGAGAGAGAGAGAGAGGGAGAGAGAGCGGGAGAGAGGAAAAGUGAACAAUCCAAUAAAGAUAAACAUGCUAUCAGCUUUAUA